CGCCCCGCCCCACGUAACCCGCUGCACAUCACCCGGCCCCGGCGUUCGUUCGCGGCCAUGUGUGUUGUGGUUCAGGGGAGUUUGGGGCUCCGCGCGGGGCUCCGGGCGGUGCUUGGCGGCCGUCAUGCCGGGCUUCUUCCAGGUGGCGCCCGAGGCCUGCACGGCUCGCCGGUCUCCUGUGGCAAGAACCUGCUCAAGAAAUUUGCUUCCAAAACCAAAAAAAAGUUUUGGUAUGAAGGUCCUUCCCUGGGCCCUCACUUGACUUACAAGCCAUCCCAGCUGAAAUUCCUAACCAAAAGCACCUCCAAGAAAACCAGGAAGGAAGACCACGUGCGCUUGAGGACCCUGAACGGCCUCCUCUACAAAGCGCUCACCGAUUUGCUGUGCACCCCCCAAGUGAGCCAAGAGAUCUGCGACCUAAACGUGGAGAUCUCCAAGGUGUCUGUGACGUGGGACUUCUCUGCCUGCCGGGUGUACUGGAAGGCCACCCUGUCUGCCGAGCGGGACACGCACGCGGAGGCCAUCCUGCAGAGGAGCGCCGCGCAGUUGAGGCAUCUUUUGAUGUCCCAGCAGACACUGAGGAACGUGCCGCCGAUUGUGUUCAUUCAGGACAAAGGACAUGCAGCCCUAGCUGAGGUUGACCGGUUACUGGCAGUUGCUGACUUUGGCCCUCCUGAUGGAAAAGACGAUGUCAUACAGAACAGCUGCAGGGACCCUGAGGCCCCGGACACCCCACUGCCAUGCGACACCCUGGGCCCCACUGUGUCCUCGAGUCUGAGCGGGAUUGAUCACGAGGCACUUGGCAGGCAGAUCGUGGAGUACAAGAGGAGGAAGGACAAGGCGCGUGGGGGCGUGAGCCCAGUGUGGUCAGGGCCUGGGCAGGUGGCCGAGCUGACAACGCAGAAGAAAAAGAGGAAGAAGGGGAAGCUCCGUCCAGGCGAUGACCUCUCCCCCAGGAACUGCCCGUGGGGGGCGAUGAGUGAAGACGACCUGGACAACGGCCGGGCCCUCCGUGAGGGGCUCAUGCCAGGUCACAAGUGGGAGCUCCGAAAGGCAGAGCAGGAACCAGAGGUGGAGAGAGGUGGUGACAGAAAGGACCGAGGUGACUGAUGUGGACCACCAGGGAGUGGGCAGUGAAGCUGUAUGUGAUGGGACCUCUGCUUUGAACAGCAAAGUCAUUUCUAGUGUUUCACAGGAAAGCCUUCGUGUGACAUGCAGUUGUCCUCACUGAGCAUUGUUGUCACUCACCAGGAGAAGUGAGACGACCUGUGGAAAAUACAUAAACACCUUUCAGAUUGAUGACACUCAGGUAGCUCUCAUUAUUUUCAGACUCACUGAAAUGUCUUUAUAACUCCUGGUGCUUUCACGAUCAUUCUCGAUGUGUGCAGACAGGUGGAAAUCAGUCAAGUUCAGACAAGGUGACCCUCUGCCUUCUCGCUUCCCCUCGUACUGUCAACAAUUGUGCUUUUCACAGUUGAGCUGUGCUACAUUUUCCACAUUUUUGUGUCUUCUGAUGGUGAUUUCAUUGUUUGAACAUGGCCCCAUUGUGCUGCUGGAGCACUGCUUAGUGUCCCUCAGUGCAUUGUGGCCUUGAUAAGCCUCUCGGAGAAAGGACAUGUGUCGGGUGGGGGUGAGGGGGUGUCAUGACAGUGCUGCUGGAGAAAGUCAAGUGCAUCAUCAUUUAGUUCUGCGUGGACAAGCACUGUCCGAGUACCAUCAGCCUGAAGUAUACAAACAACGUUAAAUACUCAGAUAGGCAGGUACACUGUUACGAUAAAGCAAGGAAACCUGGAAUGUCAUUUCCGUUUUUGUAGAGCAUUUCAGGAGGGAGAAUGUUGCCUCACACCUGCAAUGCUGGCAGGCUGUCAGCACCUUUCUCUGUAGACACGGGGACCUUGUACAUUUCUGAUAAAAUAGAGGGUAUCUGAGAAUUGGGAGAGGGCCUGAGGGAGGGAUUUUGCUGAUCUUGGGCACAGAGACAGCCUACAACAAGGAAAAAAACCAAAAAAGUAAAACAGCAAACUGGGGAAUGGGGAGAAUUCAGAUUUCCAGAGUUGCCACAUUAUUAGAUUCAAAUGUCCAGUUUUCAACAACAAGAAACCCACAA